GUCGCGGCCCGGUGCCGCUGCCGGCCCCGCCGCCGCCGCCGCCAUGAACAUCCUCCCGAAGAAGUCGUGGCACGUGCGGAACAAGGACAAUGUGGCGCGGGUGCGGCGGGACGAGGCGGCGGCCGAGGUGGAGCGGAGGAAACGCGACGCGCGCGCGCUGCGGGCGGAACAGGAGGUUCGCACCGAGCUCCUGAGGAAGCGGGCGCGGGUCGGGGGUCGCAGCCCCUCGCCCACGGCCCCCCCCGUGCUCUUCCCCCCUCCCGAGGAGGCUCCGAACCGCGAGCAUGAGGCGGAAAAAAGGCGGGAACGGGAGCGGCGCGAGCGAGCGCUGGGGGUCCUGACCUACCUGGGCCAGAGCGCGGCCGAGGCCCAGACCUGCCCCCCCUGGUACCUGCGGCCCCCCAAAAGUGGGGAGGGGGCUCGGGAGGUGCAGGGGGGGCGCAAAGCCCUCCUGGACCCUCUCCAGGACAUGAGGAAGGGGCUGCGCCGAGCCCCCAGCCCCGAAAAACCCCCCCGGUCACAGCCACGGAGCCCCCCCAGAGCCCCCCCGGAAAGGGCUGGGGGAAAAGGGCUGGAGGAGCUGCGGCGGCAGCGUUUGGCCCGCGAGGCCGCCGAGGCCGCCCGGAGCAGGGAGCUGCUGGAGGGGCUCCGGGACCCCCAAAAUCGGCACCGGGACCCCCAAAAUCGGCACCGGAAUCGCUAAAAUCGGAUCCAGGAACCCCAAAAUCAUCAUUGGGACCCCAAAAUCGGCUCCUGGAACCCCAAAAUCAGAUCCAGGAUCCUCAAAAUUCACCUUGAGACCCCCCAAAAUCCACCUGGGACCCCAAAAUCCCCCCCAGGACCCCCCCAGAACUGCAAUGGAACCUCCCAAACCCCCUUAGGCCCCCCCUGGGUUGGAAGAGUCCAAAGUAUUUUUAGGGGGGGGGAAAUCAAAUUGUGAAAAUUAAAAUAAAACCGGGGCAAAUUAAAUGAAAAUGGGAAAUUUUGGGUGGGAAAGAAGAUUUUUGGAGAGUUUUGGAUCCCAAAAUCAUCCCCCAAACCCCCCCAAAAAAUGAGAAUUCCCCUCCCCCCAGGAGGAGGUGAGAUAUAAAACUAUUUAUUCAUAAAUAUUUUCCAAAAUGAAAAUAACUUUACGAAAAAUAUCUUCAACUGCUGGGAGGGGAGGGAAAGAGACCCCAAAACCCCUCCCCCA